UAUAAAGAAACUUAAAUAAUAAAUUAAUAACAUUAAAAUGAAAGCAAUCUCUUCCCUGCUCUUGUCUAUUCUGGCAGUAUCAGCCAAUGUGUGCACCAAUGAGUACCAGAAGGCUGGGUCAGCCAUCUCAGGGAGCUUUACAAUCCCUGGGUAUAAUUCGCAUUACUUUGUUGACAUACUUGAUGAUCAGAAUAACGGCUUACUGUAUCUUGUUGGGCAUUUUAUUGCUAUCUCAUCCCCAUGGGUCACUAUUAUUUACAAGACAGACCAUGAGCUGAACAAAAUUCAGGUUAUGACUUAUGAUACCAAUUCAUACGAGUAUUCAUACCCAAUUAGUUUGAAUAAAGACUUCAUUUAUAUACAAGAGAACGGCAGCGAUAAGAUAUAUGAAGUUCAGACUACAGAUCUGACUAUUUCAAGGCAGAUAUCAAUUAGUAGUUCUGCAACAGCUGAUACUCGUUCGCUCAUCAAAAUGAAAGAAAACCUCUACUUCAGUUUUAUAAUGAGCUCAGUCAUGCAGACUUGUAGAUGGGAUACUGUUGGCACUAAUCUUGACUGAUUCACCUUUGGAGUUAGUAGGCAUACAAAUUUUGCUCCAAUCAAUGAAGAUUUAUUGUUCUCAGCAUCUGUCGAUACUACAGGUGAUCAAUAUUACUUGGUAAACUAUAAUUUCUCAGACUCACCAAACUUGGUCUGGAAGAGAAGUAUUGCAUGUCCUACUUCAGGCUGAUUUAACAAGAUUAGUUCUUCUAUUAUUAGUAGGGAUCAAAAAUGGAUUUACACAAUGAUCCUGUAUGACGGGCACUAUAUUUUUCAUAAGCUCAGUGUUGUUGAUGGGAGUCCUCAAAAUUCAGGCUUUAUUUGGAACGACAGUAGCUUGUUUGAUAGUUACUCAAUGAAAGAAUUUGAAGAUUUCAUUGCUGUUCAAAUAAAAACAUAUUCAUUAGCCUUGUCUAAAAGGUUGAUUUUAAUAAGCACCAGCAACUCAGAGAUAGUAGCAGAAUAUAAGUCUGGAACAGCAAGAGCAUUCGCUGUGGGAAGGUUAUUAUAUAAAGGACAAGAAUUAAUGUAUCACUCUGGAAUUUACCCGAGUGGCUCUAAAUUUUAUUUUGCUCGAACAUCAACAAAGAGCAUUGAUCAGCUUGAAGAGUUUGAACAAGACUCUCCUCUAUUCUCACCAAUUACUAGUGAUUACCAAGUAUCUCCAACAUCUUCUAAUCCUAGUCUGACAUCAAGCACAAAAACAGUGAUAAUCUCAACCUCAACUUCAGUUACUUCAACUGACAUAACUUCUACAACAAAUCCAUCAUUCACUACUCAUGUGGCUCUGUGGAACCAAGACUACAUCCAAUCUGUCCAAGGCAACACUUCUGUGCAACUGGACUUUACUUGGGCCUGAGCUCAAUCUGCAAAUAACACUGACAUUGCCUUUAGCCUUGUGCAGACUGGGUCUAAUGUGAUUCCAGAGUGGGUAAGCAUGAACCCAGACAACCAAGAACUCCAUCUGAACACAACUCCUAAGCUUGAUCAAGACACCACUUACUAUUUCUCUCUCGAAAUUGCAUUCAACAGCGAAAUUUAUCACAAGAAGUUUGAAAUCACUGUUGAGCAAUGUAGCAUCCUGAAUUGUGAAAUCUGACAGUUGGGUGCUUCUAAUCUUUGAGAGACAUGAAUCACUGACUAUGAAGCUACUGAUGGUCAAAAAUCAUGAAAUAAAAUUAUUCCAGUGUCUGGAGCAACUGAAGAUUCCGCUAGCAUGGUUUCAUCAAAUGUGGUAACAGCCAUGGUAACAUCAAGCUUGGUACUAGCCAGUGUCUCAUCAAUAUUAUCACUGUCAUCAGUCAAUUCAAUAUUCAGUAUCAUGAACAGUCUGCAACUAGCAAUCUUGCUUCCAUUGGUGCCAGAUUAUUUUUCACCCAAAGUGCUUGACUUUCUGAGUGGGAUGGGUUUCGCGAUGUUUUCGUUCGACUUUAUCAAGUUCAAAGACAUUCCGUUUGUUGAAGCCAUAUCUGAUUGGGUGUCAUAUCCUCAGUCUGACGAAUAUCUGAACAACCUUGGGCUGAGGUCUGGCAGUUCUUUUGUUAACUACUUGUCGUUGAUGGCUGUUAUUGUACUGGUAGGGAUUAUUCAUUUUUGCAUAUCUGUAUGCAAUCAAUGAGCCGAGAACUCAAAAUACAGAAAAUACAAGAAGUUUAUAAACACAUUGUUCACAUUCUUUACAUUUAAUAUUUACAUCCGAGUGUUUAUUCAGGCGUUCUUGUUCACUUCUUUAUCAAUCCUAUCUGAGCUUUACAACUUUGAUCUGGACACCACUGUAACCAAGGUGUCUUUAGGAGUUUGAGUAUUGUUCUGUUUAUGAACAAGUGUGCUGUUCAUACUAUCGUUCUACAUGUACUACAAAUCAUUUCCUGAAAUUGACAAGGAGAAGUACUGGCCAUGCAUUGAAUAUUUCAACGGAAUCAAGCCAAACAAUCUCUCUAAAAUGUACUCGAGUAUGUUCAUGCUAGUGAGGCUAAUGCUAUCAUCCUUUUUGAUACUUGGGGCUGCUAUUUCGGGAUCAAUCAAAGGCACAUAUUUCUAUUUGGUCAACAUUGGGUAUUGAGUGUAUUUGGCUGGAAUUAGACCAUUUGAAAAUAUGCAAGACAACAUCAUCGAGAUCAUCAACCAACUCUUAUUCUGCUGUCUGUCAGUUCCAUUGUCUUGGCUUAACACCAAAGAAAGCUGGACCCCUUUUUAUGAAAAUUAUUACACUAAAAUUUUAUUGGUGGCACCUGUAAUUGGAAGCGUCGUAUGUCUUGGAUUUUGAAUAAAGUCAAUAGUCAGUUAUAUUUACAGAAGAAAGGCUAAGAAAAGUAAUCAAGAUGUUGCACCAAAGAAGAAAGACCGUAGUAAAAGAAGACCUAAAAACGGAGAGGAGCCUGGUCGCAAGGUAACUCCUUCUAUUAUUGAUCCAUCGUUCAGCAUGAAUCAGAACAAUGUAUCAAUGGUACCUAUUUGUAGGCAUCGAAGAAAAGUAACAAAAGUAAAGAAGAUUAAAAUCAAACUAAGGUUAAAUUUAUAAUUAUAGAACACUUUUAUUCUCAA